GUGGAAACUGCAGCCACCUUGCUGAGCCUUCCACACCAGCAUCUGUCACUGUGCUGGGAGCUGCAAACAUGAUCUCAAGGCUCUCCUUCCUUCUUUUCUGUGGAAUUAUUCUAGCUUACCUUGGAGAUGCACAGAAGUUACCAAAAGUAAAGAAGCUAAACAUGAAGGCCCAUAUUAACAUCACUGGUGACACACUGGUAAUGAAAUUUCAUCGACCAAAUGAAAACAUCAAGCUAGAAGGUUUUAUUCUAGGAUAUGGUAGCAAUUACUUCACAAACCAAUACAUCCAGUGGCCAGAUAAUGGGAAGUCAUACAUCACAGAUGUUGAUGCGGAGACCAGAUACUUGAUAGCAGUGAAACCAAAUGACAACCACAAAAAGUCAUGUAAAGAUAAAAACUCUGUUCAGAAACCUCUACAGCUUGUUGUUGGCACUCUGACUCCAACAUCUGUCUUCCUCUCAUGGGGUAUCCUAAUAAAUCCACAAGUUGACUGGUCUGCUCUCAACAAAUGUCCAAACGACAGAUUUUACACCAUUCGCUACAGAGAAAAGAAUAAAGAUUGGCAUUUCCAGAUGUGCCCGACAACAGAAACAGUAAUAGAGAACCUGAAGCCCAACACUAUAUACGAAUUUGGUGUGAAAGACAAUUCAGAGGAUGAAAUCUGGAGCAAGCCUCAAACUCAUAAGACAAGUCCUAAAGGUAAAGAAAAUGGGAACAUAGAAAACACCUAUAAAAUUCCCAAAGGCACAUUACAGUAUGCUUCAGAAGACACAAAGGCAUUCGUUCCAGUAACCAAGGUGAAGCAAGGAUUUCAGAAUCUCUCUAAAUCCACACCUCCACCAAAUGGAAAAAGCCAAGCCUACAGGGACGAAAUAAAAAAACCAUAUGUGGCAACAACUACAACAAGAAUAGCAACACCUAAACCAAAACUGGUGUCUAAAAUUACAGAGUCACCUCCAGUCUACAAACCUUCAGAAAAACCUGCUGUGGAAGAUCCCAAACCAGUUGCAAGCCAAUCUAUUGUGGAAUCUUUCACUCCAGAUUUAUCAACUGGUACCCUAGAAUGGGUCAGAGCAACCAUGGUAACUCAUCCUUUUUUCCAAGUAACUAACAUACCCAUUGAAUCUUCUGCCACAGAUGAACACACUGCUUCAUUGGUUGUAAGAGAAUCAGAUGGCACACAAAAUGAGUCUGCAGGCAUAGCAACAUUGGAACCUGUCCUUACUGUGGAUCCUCCAAGGGAUAUAUUGGUAUCACCUACAAUUUCACCAUCUCCAUUUCCAAAGGAACUCCCCUCUCUGCAACCAGAGACUGCUCUUGCAGAUGAGAGACUGGCUAAUUACGUGCCUAAUGAGAUGACUGUCUCACAGAUUGUAUCUGGGCGGGAGCAGCCAGUAUCCACUGAUGCCCCACAAUCGACUGUCCACACAUCUCCUGAACAGCAAAAGACCUCACUGGCUGCAGAUGAGAAGCAGCCUAUUUAUGUUCCCACUAGCAUGCCCAUCUUGGAAAAGCUACAGACUCGCUAUGCUACUACAAGACAAAGUAUCCCAGCCAGACAAACUACCCCGCCCUUCCAUACACGAACAAAAUCAACCACGGCGAUCACAAGCGGUCAGCAUAUUCAUACUACAUAUGAAAGUAUUGCUAGGACUGAAGUACCUCCUUCUGUAUCUGCUAUGGCAACUCAAAAUCUCCCAGCAAAACAAAGAACAUGGCCCCCUCAUACUCAAAGAAAUACAAUCAUGGCAUUUACAAGAGGUCCGCACAUUCAUACUACAUAUGAAAGUAUUGCUAGGACUGAAGUAUCUCAUUCUGUUUCUGAUAAAAUAACUCAAAUUAUGCAAAGAAAUCUUCCCUCUCAUAUGCAACCAAAAACAACCACGGCAUUCACAGAAAGUCAGCAUAUUCAGACUGCAUUUAAAAGUAUUACUAGUACUGAAGUACCUCCUUCUGUAUCUGCUACUGCAAGCCAAGUUUUCUCAGCCAGACAAAGUACCCUGCCCACCCAUAUUCAUACAAAAACAUCCACGGCAUUCACUGGAAGUCGACAUACUUCUGCAACACAGCUCAAUAUUGUUAAGACUGAAGCGUCAUAUUCUAUAAGUGUUCCAAAUGAAACUGCAUCAUUUCACCCAAAACCUUUCCCUAGUACUGAAGCACCAAACGGUGAAGCUGACAGCACAGAGCCAGAUUCUGAAAUAAAAACAACUGAAGCACCACAUACGUAUGAACCAGAAACAUAUACUUUAGCUUCCCAUGAUAAAACAGUUGUUCAGAAGUUUUCGUCAACUUCCAAGCCAAAGAUCACAACUGUACGUAAGACAACAUCCAGACCUUUAACAACUAAUGCUCCCACAACAUCACAAUGGACAGAGUCAACACAGGUGUUAAAGGACAUAAAUCCCACCAUGUUUAUUGAAGAAACAACCAUCGCCUUGGUUCCAACAGAAACCCCAAAACGUAUUACUAAAAAGACCCAAACAUCACAAAGUCCAUCCUUACCAGUUGAGCCAUAUAAAACAGAACAAGAUAGUUCCCCUAAAUUCAACAGAACUACAGAAAGUCCAACAACAUCCACUGUGGUAAAACCAGUGCACUCCAAAAGGAUGCCCAUUAACCUCAUUGCUCUCCAAAUAUUUGCGGAUCCAACAGUUCCAAGUGAGACACAAACCUCCCCACCUCCCAUUCCUAAAACAACUCGGUCAAAUAAAAAGUUACACUCAAAGCCUGCUCCAAAAUCAACACAGAGAGUACCUAUAAAUGUUAUUAGUCUUCAGAUCUUUGAAGAACCAGAUGUACCUUUGGUUCCUAACACACAAAGACCUUAUCAGUCCACAGCAACACAAAAGCCUGAAAGUCCUCCUCAUUCAGAGCCUGUUCCAACGCAAAAGGUUUCAACACCAAUAACCAAAAAACCCAAACCAACUCCUCGGACUCGCGCAAAACCUGCUUCUACAGGAGCACCCAUGGAUACUACUAAACCUAAACGUCCACAUGUGAUUGUUGCAACUACGUUGGCUCCAUACCGACUGCAACAUAGCUCUACCAGGCCCAAAACUUCUCUAAGACCACGGACUAGACUUCCUGCGGUUAAUGGAGCAACACAGGGACCAAUAAGAUCAAGACCUACUGGGGAGUUCAACUGGCUGUCUGGCACAAUACCAGGUGGAAAAGUAUAUGACAGUACAAAGCUUCUUGGUGUUAGCAGAAAUAUUUCAAUGGAACCAAACAACACUGGGAAAAGAACAUUUUCGGUAUCAUCACCACCUUUACCUCCUGUAAGACCAACCUCCAUACGUAGAAGAUUUCAUCAUAGCAAUGUCACAGGAAGACCAGGAGUUUCAGUAUCUUCACCACCACUUCUUCCUGUUAGACCAACAUCCAUACGUAGGAAGACUUCAGCUACCAAUGUGACAGGCAGACCGGGAAAUCAAGGGGGUAUUCUGAAACCACGUGCUCCUUCAACUGCCACGCCCGAGUGCGCAUUUGCAUGUAUAAAGUCACCAAUGAAGCAGCCAACUUUACCUUCUCAAGAGGAAGAUCUGGUGUAUUCUACAGUCUUCAGUCCUUCUCCAAAAUCAGAUAUUGAUGCUUUGGGAAAGCCUAGAUACACAGCACCCCAUGUAGUAUACAUGAGCAAGAAUGAAUCCGUACCAUGCUCCAUCACAGAUACUCUCAGGCACUUUCCCACAGAAGAGGAGAGCACCAACCAAGAAAUCAGUAGUGCUCCUCAGAACCCCCCAACUAACCUUACUGUGGUAACUGUAGAGGGGUGCUCAUCCUUUGUUGUUUUGAAUUGGGAGAAGCCUGACAAUGACACUGUUACCGAAUAUAAUGUUAUUUCAAAAGAAAAUGGUGGAGUUCCUGGAAAAGACCAGUCAAUCAUAACCACAAAUCAGACACACUCUACGGUGGAAAACCUUAAACCAGAUACAAGUUAUGAGUUCCAAGUGAUACCAAAAAAUCCUCUUGGUGAAGGACCAAGCAGUACAACAGUGGAAUUUAAUACAGAAUCAGCUGACCCAAGAGUAAGUGAACCAGUUACAGGAGGAAAGGAUGCUAUAUGGACAGAAAUUAAAUUCAAAGCAGAUUCCUAUUCAGAUUGCAGAGGAAAACAAUUUGUCAAGAGAACGUGGUAUAAGAAGUUUGUUGGCAUUCAGCUCUGUAACUCUCUCAGAUAUAAGAUUUACCUGAGUGAUACCCUCGCAGGCACAUUUUAUAAUAUAGGUGAUCAGUCAGGAUUUGGGGAAGAUCACUGCCAGUUUGUGGACUCAUUCCUUGAAGGGAGGACAGGAGAGCAGCUACGGCCCAAUGAGCUGAAUCCCAAAAAAGGAUUUUACAGAUCCGUUCGCCAGCAGCCAGUUGAAUUUGGGGAUAUGGGAGGCCAGACGCACAUCAGCUAUGUCCACUGGUAUGAAUGUGGAAUAUCUAUACCCGGGAAGUGGUAAGAAGAAUGGUAUUCAUGGACUCGCCUGCAUCAUCAGCCACCAUCUGAUCUAUAGACAAUGCGCUAGCUUCAAUCUACUCUACUUGGUCCUACUAAUGUAAGAUAUGUAUUAAUGUUGCAGAGUUAACAGACUGCUUCCAUAUUUAUCAGUCUACAGAUAAGGAUAUUGUCUUCAUAGGAGAUAAACCUCGGGAAGCUGGCUCCCUGUUUCUAGUAUUUUAAGAAGAGCAGUGUCUAUGUUAUUUAUCACAAUGUUGUAAGAAAUAUUUUGAAGCAGAGUUUUAUCCAACUACAUUCUCUAACGAGCAAGGUUUUAAUGUUUCUGUCCAUGAUCAUCUUCAUCUAGUGUCAUUAACGCCCACGUUCUUUUUUAUUUAUUUCAUCGAGUGUCUUUCAUGUCAGUGUCUACGACCUCUUUCUCAUAUAAGACCUUGGUGCCCACAUCUAGACAUCACAUUGUA